GGCACCGAGCCGCCACCGUCCCCCUUCCUACCCGGGAACGCUGUGAGUGAGGUUUGAACCCCCACCCGCUGCAGCUUCGUUGGGGGCCACCCCAGUGCUGGGGGUUUCCUGGUUUGGGCUUUUUUUGGGCUGCCCCCCCCCUUUUUCCUCCUCCCGUGUCUCCAUCAGGGAAUCCAGCACUGCACCGAAGCCAGAAGAGACAGAGCAAAACCCAACCCAGGCCGAAAGCUGCAUCCGAAGCAAAAACCCACCCUUUUUAUCGCCAAGGAGAUUUUUUUUUGUUGUUGUUUUGUUUUUUUUUAAUUUUUAUUAUUAUUAUUUUUGAAUCCUGAUCCCAGCCGUAGGGGAGGAAGCGGAGUCUGGGCGGGGAGGCUUUCCCGGUUAUUUAUUUUCUCCCCCCGCAGAGGUGUCUCCUCCGGCCACUGGCUCACCAUGAUGUUUCGAGACCAGGUCGGCGUCUUGGCCGGUUGGUUCAAGGGCUGGAACGAAUGCGAGCAGACUGUUGCAUUGCUCUCCUUGCUCAAACGCGUUAGCCGGACCCAAGCUCGCUUCCUCCAGCUCUGCCUGGAGCACUCCCUGGCCGACUGCACCGAGCUCCACAUCCUCGAAGGAGAAGCCAACAACCCUGGAAUCAUUAACCAAUGGCAACAGGAAUCCAAGGAUAAAGUGAUUUCCCUAUUGUUAACCCACCUGCCUUUACUGAAGCCCGGAAACAUCGAGGCAAAAGUCGAAUACAUGAAACUCUUGCCUAAAAUCCUGGCCCACUCGAUCGAACACAACCAACACAUCGAGGAGAGCAGGCAGCUGCUGUCCUAUGCCUUGAUACACCCAGCCACCUCCUUGGAGGACAGGAGCGCCCUGGCCAUGUGGCUCAACCACCUGGAGGACCGCACGUCGGGUGGCUUCGGGAGCCAGGGCAGAGGUCGGUCGGAUUCGGUGGACUACGGGCAGACGCACUACUAUCACCAAAGACAAAACUCCGACGACAAACUCAACGGAUGGCAAAAUUCUCGAGACUCGGGCAUAAGUGUCAGCGCUUCCAGCUGGCAGGACAAAAACCUGGCGUGCGAGAACGGCCAUCUGCCCCUCUACUCCUCCUCCUCCGUCCCCACAACCAUCAACACCAUCGGCACUAGCACAAGCACCAUUCUCUCAGGCCAGACACACCACAGCCCUUUGAAACGCUCUGUGUCCCUUACCCCACCCAUGAAUGUGCCAAACCAACCUUUAGGACAUGGAUGGAUGUCUCAUGAGGACUUACGAGCUAGAGGACCCCAGUGCAUCCCUUCCGAUCAUGCCCCCCUGUCUCCACAAAGCAGUGUAGCCUCUUCGGGAAGUGGUGGGAGUGAACAUUUAGAAGAUCAGCCUUCCGCUCGUAACACAUUCCAGGAGGAAGGGAGUGGGAUGAAAGAUGUCCCAGCCUGGCUGAAGAGCCUCCGGCUGCACAAGUACGCCGCCCUCUUCUCACAGAUGACGUAUGAGGAGAUGAUGGCCCUCACCGAAUGCCAGCUUGAGGCACAAAACGUUACCAAAGGCGCAAGACACAAAAUAGUCAUCAGUAUCCAAAAGCUAAAAGAAAGACAAAACCUGCUCAAAUCUUUAGAAAGGGACAUCCUGGAAGGCGGCAACUUGCGUGUCCCGCUACAGGAACUACACCAAAUGAUCCUCACCCCUAUCAAAGCCUACUCUUCCCAAAACUCAGGCACGGAGGAGCACAGCCGGGAUGCGGACUCUCAUCACCCCUCCUCCCUGAUCGCCUCAGACAGCCAAGGCUCCGACUGCAAGGACUCUGCCGCAGCGGGGAUGCAGCAGCACCAUUUGCCGGGAUGCGAGGGCGAGUCGGGAGGAGGCCCUUUGCCUGAAGGUGACCUGCCCGGACAGUUCACCAGAGUGAUGGGGAAAGUAUGCACACAACUUUUAGUUUCCCGACCCGACGAAGAGAAUAUAAGUUCCUAUUUACAGCUCAUAGACAAAUGUCUAAUCCACGAGGCGUUUACAGAGAUCCAGAAGAAGCGGCUGCUGUCAUGGAAACAGCAGGUGCAGAAACUCUUUCGGUCUUUCCCUCGGAAAUCCCUCCUGGAGCUGUCAGGCUAUCGGCAGCAGAGGAGCCGAGGCUUUGGCCAGUCGAACUCCUUACCGACAGCUGGAUCUGCAGGGGCAGGACUGGGCCGGCGAAACCCCCGCCAGUUCCAGAUCCCUUCCCGCAACCUCCCCACUGCCCGGCUGGGCCUCCUGGGCCCCAGUGGGUUGCUGGGCACCCCCCAGCGCAGCCCUGCCGCCAGCCCCGCCAUCCUCAAGCAAGGCAGACAGAACCUCUGGUUUGCCAACCCCGGGGGCAGCAACAGCAUGCCCAGUCGGAGCCACAGCUCAGUGCAAAGGACGCGCUCGCUGCCGGUCCACACAUCCCCGCAGACCAUGCUGAUGUUUCAGCAGCCAGAGUUCCAGGUGCCAGUGACUGAACCUGACAUCAACAACAGGCUGGAGUCCCUGUGCCUGAGCAUGACGGAGCACGCGCUCAGCGAUGGUGUUGACCGAACCUCCACGAUCUAGAAGGCGUCGCGACGGGGACGCUGGCCGGGAGAACAACUGCUGCGGGUCCAGCGGCGAGGUCGGGGCUUGCAGGGAGCCUCAGCGAUAGCUUGCAUCCUUUCUCCUCUCUCUCCUCUGCUCUUUCUCUCUCUUUCUCUCUUGUUUUAAUUUUGUGAAUGUGUAGAUUGUCCUUGUGAACAUAUCAUUAGACUUGGAAUUUGUGUUGUCAUUUAUUACAUCCAUGCUAGGGGGGGUAAAGAAAGGCAAAAAGUCAAUAAUGAUGAUGAAAAAACAUGGGGAGAGUGGGGGGCGAUGAGGCAGGAGAGUGCUGACAAUGGAGGGUUCACUGAAACACCGUGUGCAAACCCUGUUUCUGGACAAGGACAUGAAUGAAUAUUGAAUAUCACACAGGUGUGUGACCAAAAACCCUUUGGGGAGGAGUUGCCCGUCCUGCCAGGGGCUCUGAGGCCGGUGGUCCUGUCUCUUUAGUUUUGCUGCAUUCAGGCACGGACUGGCCCAGCGAGCUAAAAAGAAACCCAUAAAUAACCCCAAAAUUGCCUUUCAGUUUAGCCAAGAGCAUCCGCAGUUUCGAGGCAGUGUCGUGCAGCGCAGGUCGGGGUGGGGGCACGUGGAGAGGGUGUCUCGCCCAACGGAGGGUCCCGAGGGACAUCGGUGAUGGGGGGGGGGACGCUGGGUGAGUUUCUUUGCCUCUUGCUUUGCCUGCGUGGGUAUCAGGAAGGUGCUGCAUCCUGGCUUUACACAUUUCCUCUCAGCCUGCCAAAUCCAGCCAUAAGGGGCUUUUCCAGCCCCCGGAGCAGCCGUGAGGGAUGAAGGAGGCUUGGGAGCAAGCAUACGUUUUUAUUUAGCCAAAGGGCACCAAAAUGCAGCUCCGCAACUCUUAUUUUCUUUGCAUUAAAGAUGUGCCAGGGAGGAAAGGUGGAUGGCAUUGGCUUGGCUGCCACUCACCCACUUCUUACAACAGGGAGCUAAAUUUGGUCUGAGGGUGUUGAAUGGGUAGAUCCGACCCAGUGCUGCUCAAACCCCGGCUCAAAGCGAGAUGAUAGAAUCAUGGAAUGAUUUGGGUUGGAAGGAAUCUUAAAGCCCAUAGAGUUCCAACCCCCUGCCAUGGGCAGGGACACCUCCCACUGGAUCAGGUUGCUCCAAACCCCAUCCAACCUGGUCUUGAGCACCUCCAGGGAUGGGGCAGAGCCACCACUGCUCUGGGCAAAGAUCAGAGCCGGAAAAGCCAUCAGGGCAUGUAGCGAUGCUUGGUGUAGCGGCAGCUUCACCACUCCAAGUCCUCUGAUGGACACAGUGAUGGAAUAAUAAUACAAUUUAAAUGAAUUCAUGAAGAGAGGUGAUGGGUGGGAGCAGCAUCCACAGAGGUUGCUGCAGUGGUUCCAGAUUGGGCUCGGCCGUGAGCACCGAUGGGCAGCAGCGUGUGCCGGGACCGGCCGGAGCAAGGCUCCAAGGGGGGAACUGGAGCAUCAGUUGGCUUUGCAAGGUUGGGAGAUGUGUGAAUCCUUUUGCCGUGCAGCAUUUUUGAAGUUGUUUUCGAAAACCAAGUGCCAAAUGCAAAUGUUUUAUGUUUGCUGUUCCUUGGGGUCCUGUUUCCUGGCAGGCAUGAGAUGUUGGGAGAGGGAGCAGAGUAGGGAAAACCUGAAAGCGAAGGAGGUGGGGAAGAGGUGUGAGGAGGUGAAGGUGAAGCAGGGGCCAAGGGGGACUGAGCCGCAGGUGCCACCCAGUGCUGGGGGCCUGGAUCACCCCCAGGCUGGGGGGAACCGAGGUGCGAACACAGCUGCCAUAGCAGGAGCCUUCCUCGAGCAAGGCUCCGAUGUAUUUACAGAGCUGAAAAUCUAUUUAUUCCUUCGCUGACUAUAGAAACAGAGGUUAUCUGAUUGUUAAGAGAGAUUAUUUUGGAUAUAUUACCUAUUAACUUGCUAUGGCUGGUAACCAUGAUAAUGUCUGUUAUUAACAACCACCAAAUAAUUCAAUUGUUUUUUUUUUUCCUUUUGUUAAAAAAAAAAAAAGCUUAUUUUCCAUUGACAGUGUAUAGGACUUAGUUGUGUUUGCUGUUUCUUGUUUUUUUUUUUUUUAAAGUAAAAAUAAUAAUAAUAGUGGCUUCAGUUGCGUUCGGGAAUUCCUGCCGGGCUCCGGGUUGCCUGUGCUGAGUGCAGGCAGCAGAGCACCGGCGAAAGAGAUUUAAAAGGACAAAAAAAAAAAGCUCAAAUCCUAAAAGAAAAUAAAAAUUAUUUAUAAAAAUAAUAAAAAAAAAGAAGAAUUAAAAAAAAAAAAAAACAGUUGCAUGAGUGAGGCUGUGAAGUCAAAUCUUUAGUAAUAAAGCGGCAGUGCCUUUCUUUUUUGUAUUCACCCAUUGUGCAACUGUUUUGUACCCCGUGGCGAGGGAGAUGCGGCCGCCGGGUGGGCGUCUCCCCCCCUUUUCGUGGUGCUGUUCCCCGGCUCAGCGCCCAAGUGUCCUUGGGGCCGGCGGCUGCGACACCCCAGGACAAAACCAAACCAGCUUUGCUUUCGAGGUGUCCACAAGCCCUGAGCUCGGCUGGACUUGAGCUGGGAUUUGCCUUGGCUUGCUCAGCUCAGUCAAAAAAGAUCUCGAGGGGGGCGUCAAGCCCGGCCGGCAUCCAGCAGGAAAAUCCCAAACUGUGAUGGUCAGCACUUAGGGAACCGAUUUGUUGUCACCUUUCUCCAUGUCGGGGUGCAUUGGUGCCCCAGGUUUGGCUUUUCUGAAUGUGCCUGAUGGGAAGUGGGUCCUGCAGACGUCUCUAAUUUGCACACAGCGACAAGAAACACUAAGAAAAAAAAAAAAAGUUGAUUUUAUACGAAGUCAUCCAGAGUUUGCAAAGUGAGUUUUAUUUUUUGUAUUCCUUUAUCUUUACUUAAAGGUGAAUGUGUAUUCCUCUGGGAGGAAUAGGAAGAUAAAAAAAAAAACAAAAAACCACAAAAACAGGAAUGUUAAUAAUGUUAAACAGAAUACUUCCUCCCUUAUUAAUAUAUAUAUAUAUAACCCUUAUGUAUUUAUGCAUAUUGUAAGCUUACUUUAAAAAGCUUUGGACUCUCUUCUGUUGCAUGCCGUUCCCGGGCAGCCUUUUAUUGUACAUGCAUGCCUUUAGUCCUGGUUUUCCUGUACAAAGUUAGUGCACAAAGAACUAUUUUUGCCUAGUUAAUGUUGCCGAGCAAUGCCUAUUUUUUAAACAUUUCUCUCUCUCUCUCUCUUUUUUUUGUUUUUUUUUUUUGGGUCAUAUAUGGAAAUCGCAUGUUUGUUACAUGUAAAAGCUUUCCGAUAUAAAGAAAUACUAAUGUUUGGAGAUGCUGGUCUUUGCAAGUGUACAGUUUUCCAAUGUUGUUCCCCCCAGUGAAACACCCUCGUGAUUUCGACUCGCUCCGAUGUAUUUAUUACUCAUUUCCUCCCAUGUAACUAGGAACCAUGACUAUAUUUCAUAUCAACGUUAUAUUGAAAGUGAAGGGAGAUGAUUAAUACAAGGUUUUGUAACACUGGGGUGUGGUGCCUCCUUAUUUACACUCUUAUUUUUUUUAUUUUUUUUGGCAGAAAGCCUUGGAUUUUAAAGAAAAAUGGAAUAAAAUCCAUGUCCAGCCCUGUGGGGUAAGGGAGGUGCAUGGUUCUGCGGGGCAGAGUUAUUCACGCUCUCUUGGGGCUUGGAGCAACCUGAUCCAGUGGGAGGUGUCCCUGCCCAUGGCAGGGGGUUGGAACUGGAUGGGCUUUGAGGUCCCUUCCAACUCAAACCAUACUCUGAUUGUGUGAUACAAAGCCCAUGGUGGGAGUUCAGAGCUGACAAAUGGCCAGCGUUCCCCAUGCAGCUGCUUCUCUGGUCCUUUGGGAUGCCCACGCCCCAGGAGCUGUUUAGAUGUGGGAUUUUCUUUUGAAAUCAACAGGAAUUGGGGCUGGAGCAGCUCGGAGGGUGCGGCAGAAGCACAUAGAGUGAUUUUGAUUGGAAGGGACCUUAAAAAAGAUCCAGUUCCAAACCCUACCAUGACAAGGACACCUCCCACUGGAUCAGGGGCUCCAAGCCCCAUCCAACCUGGCCUGGAACCCCUCCAGGGAUGGGGCAGCCACCACUGCUCUGAGCAACCUGGACCAGGGCCUCCUCACCCUCACAGCAAAACACUUCUUCCUAAGAUCUCAUCUCAAUCCCUUCUUUCAGCCUCAAACCGUUCCCCCUCAUCCUAUCCCUGCGCUCUGAAUGAGGGCAUCUGCAGACAUGCUGAGUACGCACUCUGUCCUGGUGGCCACAUCAUUAAUUAUGAGGUUAAAGAGUAAUUAGCCCCACUAAUGACCCCUGGGGUACACCACUAGUGACCAGGUUCCAGCUGGACUUUGUGCCAGUGAACCCGUCCCUCUCGGCCAGUUUUCAGCCUCCAGCAAUGUAAAUUUAUCCAGCCUGUACUUCAUCAGUUUGUCCUUGACAGCGUUGUGGGACAGAGUGCCAAAAGCCUCCCUGAAGUCAAGACAGAGCACCCACUACUCUGCCCUCGUCCACUGGGUCAGUCACCUCACCGGAGGAGAGUAGAUGGGUGCACAUUCCCCUUGUGAGCCACAGUGACUGAUCCCCAUCUUCUUCUUGUCCUUCAGGUGUAUGGAAAUAGUGUCCAGGCUUAGUUGCUCCACCACCUUUGCAGGUGGUGCAGGUGAAGCUGACGGCCAGCAGCCCCUCAGAGCCUCCUUCUUGUCCUUCAUGAGGGAAAGAGUGGCUUUUUCUUGGUUCCAGGCUGCAGAAACCUGCCCCGUGGCCGUGCCAUUUCCAGGAUCGCCGGCAGUGGCUUUGCAAUGGUUUCUACAGUACCUGUGGGCGCAGCCCACCGAUCCCCGUGGACUUGUGCGUGUCCACAUCUCUCAAAAGAUCCAACGCCAAGUGAGCUUUGGCUUCCUAGACCCCAACCCUGGAGGCCCUGUGGUCCUCACAGGGCCCCUGCUUCCACCUCUGUACACUUCCUUUUAAUGGCUGAGUUGUUUCAGGAGCGACUUGGGCAUCCAGCCCAGCCCAUGACCUUCACAGCCCUCACUAGUUCUUCCUCGUUUGCAAGCACGGGAGGGAGCAGAGCAUCUCUCCUUGUUUGUGUAUGUUGGGACAAGAUUAUGGGUGGGCCUCAGAGACCUCCUGGGUGGCCUUGGCUGAUAUCCCCCACGAUGCCUGCAAAUGUGGGGCAUAUUCAGAUUGUUUGAAAGCCUCAUCCAUUUCUUCUCCUUCAAAGAGGCUCCUAGCAAGCACCCCAAAAGUGUAGCGUGUCCUCAAGUCCCUUCUAUUUAAAGAUGCUCCUGAGCGUUGUGGGCAGGGCCAUCCCAGGAGGGAAAGAGUCAUCGUUGUGUUCAAAGAAUCAAUCACAGAAUGGUUUGGGUUGGGAGGGACCUUAGAAUCCAUCCAGUUCCACCCCCUGCCAUGGGCAGGGACACCUCCCACUGGAUCAGGGGCUCCAAGCCCCAUCCAACCUGGCCUUGAACCCCUCCAGGGAUGGGGCAGCCACCGCUGCUCUGGGCAACCUGGGCCAGGGCCUCCCCACCCUCACAGGAAAACACUUCUUCUUAAGAUCUCAUCUCAAUCUCCUUCUUUCACCUUAAAACUGUUCCCCCUCAUCCUGUCCCUGCCCUUCCUGAUCCAGAGCCCCUCCCCAGCUUUCCUGGAGCCCCUUUCAGUCCUGGAAGCUGCUCUAAGGUCUCCCCGCAGCCUUCUCUUCUCCAGGCUGAACAACCCCAACUCUCUCAGCCUGUCCUCGUAUGGGAGCUGCUCCAGCCCUCGGAUCAUCUUUGUGGCCUCCUCUGGACUCGCUAUAACAGAUCCGUGUCCUCCCUGUGCUGAGGACUCCAGAGCUGAACACAGGGUUCCAGGUGGGGUCUCACCAGAGCAGAGGGGUAGAAUCGCCUCCCUGUCCCCGCUGGUCCCACUGCGUUGGAUGCAGCCCAGGACACGGUUGGUUUCUGGGCUGCCGUCCCACAUCGCCGCCUCACUGGGUGUUCAGUCCCAGCAGAAUUCCCCCACCCAGGAGAGCACCGGCAUCUGCUGCCCACAGGCUCUCUGUGCACCCGCCCUCCCCACACGGCCAUGAAAAGUGGUCCCCAAACUCCAGAGAAACACCGUUUCCCUCCAUAAAGAUUUGCCUUUCCAUGCCGGGGUGCCUGUGGGUUUCAAAGCGCAGGUUUGUGGCGUUAAUAGAGAACGACAAGGGAAAAGCAAAAAGCCCUGGGUUGGAAAAUUGGAGCUGUAAGGGUUGAAAAUGCUCCAAGGGGAGUCCAGUUGGGGAGAGUCUGUGGGAGCCCCCAACGUGCAAACUGGGAAGAGGAAAAAAUCCAUUUCUGAGCUGUCUGGAGUGGUUGGAUGAAUCGGUAACGGUGACUAAAGGCUUUACCAACCUUUGCUCCUGGAUUACAGGGUCCCAUCCAGCCUGGAGGAGCAGCUCAUGUUCUCCUGCUCCAGCCCACAUCCAGGUGGGAGCAAAACCAGGAGCUGGUAGUUGCUGUGUUAUCAGCUGGCUGGGUCUCGGCAGCAUCCCCGGCAGGCACGGGAUAACCACGGGUUAUCUUGGUAACAGAAUCUCUUCAACCUUGACCCCGAAGGGUGAUUCACUGUGGGGCUCAGCAGCAUCACUGAGCGCUCCGAGGAGCUCUUUAUAACUGGGAUAUGCAAACAGCUUGGCAAUGGGCACCAUGGGGCACGGCAUCGCUUACGCAGGACAGUGGAAGCAGCGGGGCUGAGUGGCCCCUGCAUCCACAGGUCCUGGCACGGGAUCAGAACAGAUGUAGUAAAUCAUAGAAUUGUUUGUUUGGAAAAGAUCUUUGAGAUCAUAGAGUCCAACUGUACCUGUCCACUGCUAAACCAGAUCCCUGAGCACCUGUUCUACCUGUCUUUGAAACACCUCCAGGGAUGGAGAUUCCACCACUGCCCUGGGCAGCUUCUUCCAGUGCUUUAUCACUCUUUCAGUAAAGAAAUUCUUCCUAAUGUCCAAUCUAAACCUCCCCUGGCACAACUUGAGGCCAUUUCCUCCCAUCCUAUCGCCUGUCAUUUGGAAGAAGAGACCAGUAUCCACCUCACCAAGGAGUUAUAGUCAGCGAUGAGGUCUUCCCUCAGCCUCCUUUUCUCCAGGGUAAGCCACUCCAGGUCUCUCAGCUGCUCUAGAACCCCUCUCUCCAGCCCUAUAGAGUUAUAAUGCUUCCUUUAUAAUGAAGACGAGGCCACCUCUCUGCAUCAUCCAACAAGGUGCGUGCUGAUGGAUGCUUGGACUGGCUUAGCAACAGUUUUAAUCCCUGUGCAAUUUGGGAGAAGGUCCUAGAGCUGCGCUGGCUGCCGUGGAGCUGUUGGCACCCCCAAAGGGAGCAGUCGAAAGCAGAAGAACCAGAGCUUCACCCCUGCUGAGGAAGAAGCCCGUUGCAGGCAGAGUCAGGGCAAACAGCAGAGCGGUGCUUACAGCCUGCGAGUGCCUCAAAGAGCAAAGAAGCAGGUUUUUCCCCCCUCAUUUCUCUAAGAAAACACCCCCUGACUGAGCCAGGUUAGAGGAGAAAUUGCCCAGCUCAGCGGGAAUUCCCACUUUUCUACAGAUAAUAGAUUUUUUGGCCAAUUUUAAAAAAUAAUAAUAAUCAUCACCCUGGCAGGUUAGCCCUUGUGUUUUGACAAACCAGCUCCAUCUCCAUCCCCGUGACACGGCAACGCAGGCAGGACUUUGCACCCCAGGGAAGCAUCACUUGGCAGUGAGAUGCAGCGAAGCGGGUGGGACCCCACAUCUCCCCCCCUCCAUGUCCCCAUUCUGGCAUCGGGGUGAUCCCAGGCCUCCCGGAAAGGCAUUUCCAGUCCCUGUGGAAACUCUUACUCCUCUCCUGUGGUGAGCAGAGCUCGGGGCCAGGCUCAGCAGAGGGAGCCACAGACUGUGCAUCCCUGCAGACGGGCAGUUGCUGCAUCACUGACCUUGAGCAUCACCCAGACAGAGCUGUACAAUCCCUAGCUUGGAAAAGACCUUUGAGAUCAUCCAGUCCAACCGCACCUGUCCACUACUAAACCAGAUCCCUGAGCACCUCAUCUGCCCAUCUUUUAAACCCCUCCAGGGAUGAAGACUCCACCACCUCCCUGGGCAGCCUCUGCCAGUGCCUGAGAGCCCUUUCCAUGAAGAAAUUUUUCCUAAUGUCUAAUCUGACCCUGACCCUUCCCCAGCUUUGUUGCUCUUCUCUGAAUGCGCUCCAGGACCUCAAUGUCUUUCUUGUAAUGAGGGACCCAAAACCGAACCCAGGAUUUGAUGUGCGAACUCAUGCGACCUUUGCAAACCUCCAGCCAGCGAUCCCUCCUUCUGUUGCUUCCCUACAAAAAACUUUCCCAUCCUUUUCUUUCUGUCCUCCAGCUGCACUGGAGGACAUUAAUAUCCUUUUCCCUCCCAGUUUAUAGAAUCAUAGAACAGUUUGGGUUCGAAUGGACUGUAAAGCCUAUAGAGUUCCAACUCCCUGCCAUGGGCAGGGACACCUCCCACUGGAUCAGGUUGCUCCAAGCCCCAUCCAACCUGGCCUUGAACACCUCCAAGGGAUGGGGCAGCCACCACUGCUCUGAGCAGCCUGGGCCAGGGCCUCCCCACCCUCACAGGAAAAUAUUUCUUCAUAAGAUCUCAUCUCAAUCUCCUCUUUCCACUCACACCCAUUGCCCCUCAUCCUGUCGCUGCACUCCCUGACCAAGAGCCCCUCCCCAGCUUUCCUGGAGCCCCUUUCAGUCUUGGAAGCUGCUCUGAGGUCUCCCUGCAGCCUUCUCUUCUCCAGGCUGAACAACCCCAACUCUCUCAGCCUGUCCUGCUACAGGAGGUGCUCCAGCCCUCGGAUCAUCUCCAUGACUUCUUCUAGACUCUCUCCAGCAGAUCCAUGUCCUUCCUGUACUGAGGACUCCAGAACAGGACACAGGGCUCCAGAUGAGGUCUCACCAGAGCGGAGCAGUGGGAGAGAAUCCCCUCCCUCACCCUGCUGAUCCCACUGCUUUGGAUGCAGCCCAGGACACGGUUGAUUUCUGGGCUGCGAGCACGUUGCUGCCUCUCGUUGAGCUUCUCAUCCACCAGCACCCCAAGUCCUUCUUUUCAGGGCUGCUCAAUCCAGAAGCACCACUGAGGUUUGGCACUUCUAAAAUAAUUUACAGGCCUGUGUUGCUCAUUUAACAUUUUUAAGCUUUGCUUUACCGUUGCAAUCUCAGUACAGAGGAGCAGAGCAAACAGGUGAUGUGGUACAGUUCAUUCUGCCAGAACCACCCCUGCAAAGACACAGCUCCAAAAAAAAAAAAUUUGUUAAAAAUAAAUAAAUACCUUGUGAUGAUUUUCUGCUUUUUUUCUUUCUAGCAAAAUUGACUUGAAUACUGUGACAACUGUUACGAGGAGUGGCUGAGGGAACUGGGGUUGUUUAGUCUGGAGAAGAGGAGGCUGAGGGGAGACCUUAUUGCUCGCAGGGAGGGGAGUGAGAGGGUGAAGGAGAGGAGAGAGAUCUUUAGGCUUGGAAAAGACCUCUAGAUCAUCCAGUCCAACCGUCAACACAUCACCCCCGUGCCCACUAAACCAUGUCCCUAAGUGCCGUUUCUAGAUGCUUUCCAGAGAUGGAGACUCCACCACUGCCUUGCAGCCUCCUCUAGUGCUUCACCACACUGUCAGUGAAGAAAUAUUUCCUCAUAUCCAGCCUUAAGUUGCACCAGGGGAGGUUUAGAUUUGGAUAUUAGGAAAAAAUUCUUCACUGAAAGAGUGGUGAAGCCCUGGCAGAGGCUGCCCAGGGCAGUGGUGGAGUCUCCAUCCCUGGAGGGGUUCAAAAAGCGUAUAGAUAUGGCACUUUGGGACAUGUCUGAGUGGUGGGCUUGGCAGUAUUAGGUUUACAGUUGGACUCAACAAUCUUAAAGUUCUUUUCUAACCUAAACGAAUCUGUGUUUUUUUGUGAUUUAUUUGCCAUCCUUUACAGCGCAGCCCAAGACUUAUUAAAAAGAGAUUUCAUGUUUUAUAUCCUCUCGACCUCUAGACCAUGACUGCAAAUUUAAAUACAACUGGAAGGCAAAGCUUCUCAUAAAGGUUAUUUUCCGUAGUUCAGCAGAAAGGCUCAGACAAAGCUCAAAGGGCACAGCUGGCGAGGGGGCCCUUCCAUAACCCUGACAACUCACUGGAGAGAGCAGGAGCAGAAGCCAGAGGCCAAGUAAUGAGCAAUUUGAGCUCAUUAAGCAAAUAUAAGCUGGUGGAAGGUUGUGAUGGCUGCAUGAAGCCUCCGGGAUGAGCAGAGCCCUUCAGUGCCGUCACUCAGAAAGGCAGAUUUUCAGGUAGAAAGAGCCUGUUCUGGGAUCCCCUGGGUAAAAUGCCCAAGCAAAGCAGACCCCUUCUGAGUUGCCCCCACAAGUGCUGACAGGUACUCAGUCCAAGUGGGACAUGGACAACAGCCACUCGCUCAGGAACCCACACUGCACUGAUGGAUACACCAGCCCUACUCGACCGUGCAGCCUCCCCGUGCCAAACACUCGGCUUGCAGGCUGGCCAUCUGUCAGGGGUUUCCCAGCUGGCUGUACUGCCCAGGUUCCUCAUACCUGCCUUUCAAAGACAAAACCACAAGGCUGGCCAUGUUUCCAUGACCACCUCUGGGGACAGGUUGGGUUGGGCUGGAAGCUCUCCUGUCUGAUGGCAGCUGUGAUUCACCACCUACCUGACCAAGCUUGACGACCAGCAGCAGGAUCUCAUACACAAGAGGGUGCCUUAAGGAAGAUGCUUUGGGACUUGUGCCUUUUAGAGGAGAAGAAAAAUCUGCCAUAGAGACAUCUGCCCAGGGUUUCCGGGAGAGGCAUCCCCUUCUCCAGCAAGCUCCCAGAGCAGGAAUGGCUGGAAGAGCAAGCGACCCACCAGCCAGGUUGCCGUAGGGAAUUCACACCACAAGGCAAGAGAAACAAGGCCACUUCUUAGCACGGCAAGAUAAGCAGCACUCAUCACGUCUAGGAAUCCUCGCUGUGAGGAAUUGCCUGAGAUGAAUAUAAACCCACAUCUGGAAGUGGAACGCAAGGGGAGAGGACAAAGAGCUUGUGCCAAUGACUGUUUGGGCAUAGUGUCUGGGCAGGGCACGGGGACUUGCUGACCAGUCCCUCUGCAGCACGAGUGCAGGAGAUGAUGGGAGACACCAGAAAGAAAAUCACAGUGAUAGAAAAACAUGAAGAAGCUGUUGGACUCUUAAAAUUAAAACUGAGAAGCAACCCAUACCACUGAAGGGUAUCAGGGCAUGAAUUGAGCACAUGAUAAAGCAGGUGGGGUUUUGGGAGAUGGCGAAGGUUAGGGACAGGAGGAUGUCACCGUAGUAACAGAUUCUGUUUCUUUCACAGAUUUGGUUAUCACACUCUUCUGGGGGGUUUUUUGAGCUGUAAACACUUUCAAGCUGAAUAUAUUUUCACUCCAGUGAAAACAGAUUUUCCCAUGGUCACAAAACCAAGGAGGCUCCUUCCCAAUCCCACACUUAAAAAAAAAAGAUAAAGAGGCUGGGAACAGAAAAUUUCUUGCAGAAGUGCCUGGUGUGACAAACAGGCUGUUUCCCACCACAAGCACCGGCUUUAAUAUGCAGCUGGCAAAAAAACACAGAAGCAACUCAGCUUCACAACAAGGACAAUUCUUGACAAUGCUCCUGGGGCUGCCCAGAGGGGUUAUUUCCAAACGGGACAGACCAUUUGGAAAAAAAACCAAAAAACAUGAAGGGCUGGAGGGCACUUUCAUUCAUUGUUUCUCUCCGUUUCUGACUGCCACAGCGCUCACCCACAAAGCCACAUCGUACCAGCGGAUUCCCCAUCCUUGCCCGCAGACCCAAGACUUCUCUGGUUGCCCGUUCCCCACCUUGGCCUCAUUUAUCUUCUGCUUUCAUGGAAUCACCAGGUAGGAAAGGACCCACUGGAUCAUCGAUAAUAAUAAUAAUCCAACCAUUAUUAUUUGGCACAGAGGAGUAGGUAAGAGAUUAAAGAAGCAGUUGCUAAUCUUCAUAAAAGCACUAAAUUUCUUCUUUUUCCUCUUCUCAUCCAGGCUGGAUGAGAGGCUGAUGAGGCCGCUGCUCCUCUUGGCAGCUUGCAGGGGGACACAGCUCAUCUGUCAGUGCAUUUGUGGCUCCAACUACAGCACAGGCAACAUCCGCCCCUUAAAAAUGCUUGGAAAUACAGGAGAGCAAGCAUUACGUGUGAAAGAGCUACAGAGGGACUUCCCUGGAGCACACAUGCUCAACCUGCUUUCCUCCUGGUGAUUCUGGAUGCUAUGAAGCCACAGGGUGGCUUCAUGCUGUCCAUGGGCGCACGGUCCCCCCCCGUCCCUCUACACUACAAUGCUCCUGGGGAGUCUGGGGGUCUGUAAAUUGUGUUCCCCUCACCCUAAAUCAGCAGUAUCUGCAUCCUGGGAGGACAGCAGGGUGGCAGCAUCUUCAAGGCAGCCUUCCCCACCCUGAAGGAGCUGCACAGCUUCUGCUGGCACAGCCUGGGCUCAUUGCUAUGCACGGGAUGCGGUGCGGUGACCCAACCAAGACAAAGCAAAGGCUUCACCUUCAAGGUGUCUCAUCACACCUGCAUCACGUCUGCUGGCAGGAUAUAUUCCUUCAGGUAAUCUGAGCAUUUGGCCAGGAACCAGGCACUUCCUCAGUAAAGUGUGAUGAGGCAUUCAGGAGGGCUGAGAAGGCACACAAGAGGACUGUAAACCCACACAAGCCUCAACGCACGCAACAGCCACUGCGAAGUAGCCACUGCUUCCCACCUUCCAUGCCUCAUGUUGAUUGCCGUGGCACCAAGGACCAGCAAGAAGGUGACACCGAGUCUCAGGAGCCUUCUUGCUGUGCCAUCAGCAACUGGAAACACAUUUGUGGACAACAGUAACCUCUACCACCAUCUCAUCCCCAGCUUCGAGCCCCUGCUCAAGGAGACAGAGCUCGUGCCACUUCUCUGUCCAAUGUCAUCAUCUCCAAGUCACCAAGGAUGCCACCACUCCGAAGGAUAACAGUGUGCUUUAAUGUUUUAGAGACAAUGGACUUCUACGCGGUACAACAGCAGGCUGUACGCACUGUACGCAUAUACACACUGGUUGUAGUUAAAGCUUCUGUAUUUGAACAAUAUUCAUGUUCCAAAAAAAAAAAUGCACCAAGCCUUACAACAACAAAAUGUGAACAAAAUCCAAGGCCACACGUAGAGAGAGGUAUGUGUUAAGGACUACAGGUCACAUGGAAAUAAAAAACAGUGGUGGUGCAAUGCGAACUUUAUCCUGAAUAGAGAUAAGUGGUUAAAACGCAACUUUUCAUUACCUCAGGAGCAAGACCAUGCUUUACAGAGACUUAAUUCCCAACCUAAAGCAAGCAAAGAGAAACAAACGUACUGGUGUGUGCCCCUUUGGUCCACAAAUUCUCAGUUCUUGAGCCAAAACCAGAAGUUUUACUCUUGAACUUCAGACAAGAAAGAUUUAAGGCUUUUCAGCUGGAUACCUGAAACAUAUACUGAACUGAAGAGUGGCAACAUCCACCCUCAAUCCUUUAGGGAAAACAAAUGCCACACAGUUGGUGUAGUUUAUCAAUGUGCAACGCAGCUUGUUCGGUUAGCAAACACUUCUAUAGUGCCCAACUCUACGGAAUCCAGGAUGGAGGGGAUAAAAGACUUCUCCAAUAAUGCUGUGAAGGUCAUCAAGGUAAAAUUAGUGUAAUUAAACGCAUAAGGUUCUUGAACAUUCUUUAGGUCCAAUGGAAAUUUAACCAGAUGUGAUUUUCAUUUUGUUUCCAGCACCGGUUGAAGCAAGGGACAGGAAUUUUGGGAAGACCGAGCGUGCCAGACCAGGAACUGCCUUCUAGGUGAGUGUACAGAACAUCUUGGAUUCAUUUUAGGCAAAGCCCAAAUGAUCAUGGGAACCUGCACUGUGGGCAGCCGACACCCUGGAUAACAUUUUACGCUUUAAGGUUUCCCCUCCUGUGCUCACUUGGAGGAGGGUGGUUUUCAUUUGCACCUCAUGUUUUCCCAAUUAAGAGUUACAAAACACCCAUUAAAAUUAUAACAAAGUAUAAGAAAUUCAGCCAAGUCCAGCUGACCAAAAAACUUUUGGUACACAUACUGCCACA